CCGAACGGCCAGAUGAAGAUCCCCAGGGCCUGGGCCUCGGCCACACGCUGGCUGGGCACCUGGGCGCUGGCCGCCGCGGGCCUUUGGCUGCCACGCCUGCUGCUGAACGCAGCGACAGCCUCCACCACGAAGACAGUGUGUGGGAAGCCUGUGGUCACUGGGAAGAUCUAUGGUGGCACAGAUGCACCUGAGCAGCGGUGGCCGUGGCAGAUCAGCCUGCUGUACCAGAAAAGACACAUCUGCGGGGGCGCCCUCAUCGAUCACUUCUGGGUGGUCUCAGCUGCACACUGCUUCCAAAAGUCCCGUAACCCAUCUGACUACAAGGUCCUGCUCGGGUACAAUCAGCUACAAAAGCCCACGGGGCAGAGCCUGCAGAUGACAGUAUAUCGAAUCUUCGUCCACAGUGACUUUAACAAGACCUACUUCCUGGGGAGCGACAUCACGCUGUUGCAACUGUCCUUGUCUGUGAAUUUUACUUCCCACAUCCUCCCCGUCUGCCUCAUGGACCCUAGCAACGUAUUGGCCCCUGGCUUGGGCUGCUGGAUAACUGGCUGGGGGAUGGUCACUGAGGAGGAUUUCCUGCCCAAGCCCUACAAGCUGCAGCAGGCACAUGUCGGCAUCAUUGAUUCCCAUGUCUGUAAGUCUUUUUUCCAAAUGCCAGCUUCCGGCAGAAUUAAUGUGCCUGGCAACAUGCUGUGUGCUGCGGACCUCUUGACAGGAAAGGCCAUCUGCCAAGGAGAUUCUGGGGGGCCCCUCGUCUGCCAGCUAAAUGACACCUGGUAUUUGGCGGGGCUGUCCAGCUGGAGCGCGGAGUGCCGCUGGCCCAUCUUCCCCAGCGUCUUCACCAGGCUCACCGAGUUCACUGACUGGAUCAGGGAGACACAGAAAGGUUCACCCGACCCCGCUCCAGAGCUUGCUCCUCCCCAGGAAAAGCCUCCUGUUUUGAAGGACUUUAUCAUAUCCCGGGGUCCUGUCCACAUGCCCGGCUCCUACACGUCGCUGGUGUGUCUGCAGGCCUUCCUCCUUCUGCUGGCUUCCCUCUGCACUCCGUGACGGACCUCCGUGCUCCUCCUGGCCCUGCAAUCUGUGUGUCUCGGGGCCAAUGGGCUCUCCACCCUUCUUGGGUCCAUUCAUCUCUGAGCCCUCCUGUGUGGCUGGGGCCUGCUCCAGACCUGACAGAAUAAAAACCAUCUAAGCCGCUUGCUGUUCCUGUUUCUGACCUCAGAG